UGAGUGACGUAAUUCUAGGGAACUCUGAAAGGGAGGGGAAGGAGAGAGGGAAAGAAAAAGGAAGCUCUCCGGUACGUUUUUGUGUGUGUGUUUCUCCAAAAGAACCUAAACUUUUGCAAACCGAAGGUGUGACCGGACGCCCGGCGUGGGAUUUAUCAUGCUGAGGAGCGAGAACCAAAGAGAGCCGCGGACACCAGUUGGUCAGGAGUUGAGCAGAAUCCCUGACAUCAACCAUUAAGUUUAAGGCCUCAGGCCUCGAAUGACUGUAAAGAGCAGCCAAAGCAAAAGGACCUGUUGAUCCAGCGCUUCCUCUUCGGAUCACUCGGUGCCUGGAGAGAGAGAGAGAGACAAUGUCCAAUGAAUUGAACUCCAGUCUCACCAGUAUUGACUGGCUGCCUCAGCUGGGAACCAGCAGCCUGCGCUCAGGGAAAGACAGAGGAGGAGGAGGAGGCGAGAGGGACAAGAGGAAAGACCGAGGGAGGGAGCGAGGAGACUUCCUACCCUCCCUACCAGACCCCCCGCCUCCCAACUACAAAGGGAAACCCCCCCACAGCUAUGCCACUCUCAUCGCCAUGGCAAUCGCAGCUGCACCUGAGAGGAAGUUGAGUUUGAAUGACAUCUACACCUGGAUCAGCGACAGGUUUCCCCACUACAGCCGAGCUGGUCGUGGAUGGAAAAACUCCAUUCGGCAUAAUUUGUCUCUUAAUAAAUGCUUCAGGAAAGUUCCUCGCCCACAGAGUGACCCCGGCAAGGGUUCCUAUUGGACGAUGGAUGGACCCGCAGAAGAGAAUCAAGUGAGGGGACAUAAGCGUCCCUAUCCAGAGGAGGAUGCUCCUCAAACCUCGGUGACACAAGCGGAGCGAGGAGCCCCUUCUCGUCCGGCCUCCCACGCAGAGCUCCGGGGGCCGUCCAGCCGCAUCCCUCCCGCCCGUCUCCCUCUCCCCUCCCCGUGCAAGACUGUCCUCACCUCGCAGCAACCGUCGCCCUUCCCGCAGAGCCCCGCGUGCACCCCCCUCCCCGUGCACCUUCAUCCUCCGGCCGGGCUCCACCCUGCCGACUCCACCUAUUCCGUCGCCUCUUUCCCACCUCGCCAUCCACCCGGCCUAACCUUUCCCGAUCCCGCCGCGCGCCUGCCCGCCAACAGCGCGUCCUCCCCGGCGGCUGCCUCCUUCUCCGAUGCCCCCCUGUCCUUCCCUCAUUCGGGGUCCGCUCCCUCUUUCUCCUGCGCUCCCGUCUCGGUGUCUGAGUGCACGGCGCCGGGGGCCUCUCUGUCGCCCUCGGCUGUCGCCGCCGCCGCCGUCGUCUCCUCGAACCCUUCCGCCGACCCUGCGCUGCGCUUCACCUUCGAUGAGAUGAACUUUCCAGACCGGUAUGCGUCCUCCAAUCCCCUUUUCAAGACCAUGGGGGAGAGGGGAGGCUCACAGUCGGAUGCUGCUCCUCCGGCUCUUGGGAACAACGACGCGGCUCCACUUCACACGCCGACUCUGCUUCCGAUGUCCCCUCGCCCGGCGCCGCCUGCACCGCCUCAAACAUCUGCGAACCCCCCCGAGGCGGAGCGCAUUUCGCAAUACACGGUGCCAGCCGACUGGUUCAUCAACCCGGAUUCUCUGAAGGAGAGCUUCCGCAUCGCCAGCAAUCUAGACUGGGCCAACAUCGACCUCUCCGGUCACCCAGACCUGCUGGAGAGCAUGCGGCAGGCACAGCUCUGCGACUGGGCCCUGGACCCGGCGCUCUUCACUUCCCUCUGCGACUCUCUGAAUCGCUUCUUCACUCACAGAGGCAUGAUCACCUCAGGGAAUAACUCCCCACUACAGGUCCCUCCGCUGGCCUCCAAUCCCCCGCCUACCCUGGCCAGCCUGACUCACCCCUCGCCCCUCCCUUACUCCCCCAUGGUUCACCCCAUCAGUGGAGUGCAGCCGCCCCGGAGGGCCCCGCACACGGCACCGGGCCUUCAGAGGGCUCCGCUAACUCAGCCUGCAAACACCACCGCCGGGAUGCAGCCUCAGUUCAUGGCGCCACGGCCGCGUCCUCCGUUAAAGAGUCUGCACAGCAACAGCGAGGAGUUCCAGGACGACUUUGACUGGGACUCUCUGCUCGUCUGACUCUGGACGUCCGUGUGGAAAAAGGACAACAGAACUUUUCGGAGACACGUGGUGUCUUCACUAAGAGUCGAUGCAGAGGCUGCAUUUGUGACAAAUGACUGAAGUCCUACAGCCAUUCAUCUUUAUUCACAAUCAUAACUUGUAAUAGCUUUUAGCUUUUCUCCUGCAGAUAAUCGAAAGUGUGUUUUUUCUGUUGGAGUUUAGAUUAAACAUAGUCUUAAAAGAAAAUAAAGUGUAUUAUUUUGGUUCCAUUAUUGUUCUCUGUCAAGGAAAAAGAAUACAUGUAUGGACAAUAAAUAAGGAAAAAGUAUGAAACAAGCCAAACGCA